AUGCCAGUGCUGGAAGAGAAAGUCUACGACACUCAGGAGAUUGUAAAAAAUGAAUCAAACAGCAUAGAAGCUGAGAUUGACAAGGCAGCAGAGUCUGACGUCGCCUCGGAAGCUGCAAGCCAGCCUGUGGCUGUCAAGUCUUUUGGUAUCCGUAAGGCAGAACUCGAACUUGCCCAAAUGACCAACCGCUGGCACAAGCUCUUCUAUUUCUUCACGCUUUUCGUUGGAAUGUAUGUGAUGGUGGUGGAGAUGUUUGCCAAAAACGUGUUUAUCGGUUAUGCUACCAACUCAUACAAGGAGCACUCGCUCAUGUCCACUAUUACGACCAUAGGCCAAGUGGCUAUGGCGGCAUCGUUGCCAUUUUUUGCCAGAGCCUCAGAUGUGUUUGGUCGUCUUGAGAUGUUUCUUGUGGCUAUGGUGUUUAAAACGAUGGGCACUAUUAUCCAGAGUCAAGCUGUGAAUAUCCAAAGGUUUGCUGCUGGUACAGUGUUCUAUUCUAUUGGAAGCUCUGGAAUGGUGCUUGUGUGGCAGGUUAGUAUUGCAGAUGCAUCUACUUUGAAAUGGAGAUUCAUGGCACUUUCUGCCUUGUGUUUGGCCUCGGUUAUCAACACUUGGUCUAUUGGAGAAAUCACCUCUUCUAUCUUGCUGAGACACUCAUGGAGAUUUGGUAUUGCUCUUUGGGCGUUUACUACUCCGUUAGUAUGCAUGCCAUAUAUGGUGACUUAUGCCCAUGUGGUAUGGAAGGCUAGAAAGACAGAGACGUGGAUAGAAAUCUCCAACCAAAAGAAGGAUGAGUUCCUUGAAGGAAGUGCAACUGCAAGAAGGUACUACAACGAACUCGAUACUCGCCUGUCGUUAACCCGCAAGUUGCCUAUUAGGGUGAAGAUAUUCAUGCUCCAUUUCGUGAAGACUUUACGGAUUGUGCUUUGGGAUAUGGAUCUUAUUGGGUGUCUUUUGAUCGGUGUGAUUCUUGGGCUUUUCUUGGUGCCUUUGACUCUUGCUGGAGGUGUAAGCACCAAAUGGAAACAAGCUUCAACAAUUGUUCCUCUUGUAAUGGGGUUCGUUACUAUUCCUAUCUUCAUUCUCUGGGAAAGCAAACUCACCAAAAGACCAUUGCUUCCUUGGACACUCAUGAAGGAUAGAGGUAUAUGGGGUGCUUUCGGUGUCAGUCUUCUCAGUACGUUGAUUAGCAACACUCCAGGCAGUUAUGCUUAUCCCGUUUUGCUCGUUGGAAUGAAUGCUUCAGUCACAGUUGCAACGAGAACUCCAACCUUGAACUCGUUCACUGAGGGUAUUACAGUUCCUAUCGUUGGUCUCAUGUUGACCAAGGUGAGAAGAACCAAGGCAUUUAUCAUGUCUGGAGACGCCAUUAUGCUCAUUGCUAUGGGCCUUUUUGUUCACUUCAGAGGAUCAAACGACGGCUUAAACGCUAAGUACUACCGUGAUGGUGUUGCUGCUGCUAUGUGUGUUUCAGGCGUAGCACAAGCCAUGUUCUACAGACUCACCACGACUUCUGUCCAAUCAUGCACUAAUCACGAAUACAUGGGUCCAGUGACAGCCAUCUUUGGUACAUUCAUCACCAUUGGAUCAGCUUUUGCCAGGAGUAUCUCUGGAGCCAUUUGGACCCAGGAAAUGUAUUCAGCCAUUUACUCAGAAAUGGAAAAGUUGGAUGUCGAUACUUCCCUAGCAAUGAGUGCCUACGCCACGCCAUAUGACUUUAUUAAGGAAUACGCUUGGGGUUCUGAUCCAAGAAAAGCAGUUAGUCUUGCUUACGCUUCAGUCCAACGGAAGCUAUGCAUAGUAGCUAUUUGUCUUUGUGUGCCCAUGCUUGGAUUCAUCCUUUUGUUAAGAGACCAUCGCUUGGAGGAUACCCAGAACUUGGAUGAUCUUAAGGCAGUUGGCGAUAUUGGAGACCAAGAGAAGGCAAUGAAGGUUGCAAAGAGAGAUAAGGCACAGAUUGUCUUCAAGAACGAUAAGGACUAUAUUUUGAUCUGGCUCAAGAGGUUGGUCGGGGUCAAAACCAGGGACUACAAGGAGGAUAAUUAA